AUGUCAGGAUACGCUUCAACCACUACAGCAACAUUAUUCACGUCGUACGGUUGGCCAUCCGAUGCUGUUUCUCUAGGCAGCUUAUCGCCUGUAUACAGCAAACGUGAAGAAGAGCCGGUGCGUUCCUUGCUUAAGGCAUUGAUCAAAAACCACCAUGAUGUAUUUCACAUUGAGCAUCGUGACAAACCAAAUGAAUUGGCACGUGUACUUGUAGCUCUACAUGAUCUGGGAGCAACACGAGAAAAAAUCGUUCAGGGUUACUACAAAGUUAUCCCUACCCUUGUUCCACUUUUACACACUAAUCAAAAAGCGCUUACCAUUACACGAGAUUCAUGGAAGGAUUACCUUGGCGACACACAGUACUAUAGAGCGUAUUUGGCCUUUUUUACCGAUCAAAUACAAGAUCUAGGAAUAGAAUCGACAAUCGACAACUUCCUUUUUGAUAUCGACAGCCCUUUAUCGACUUCUUUUGGUGCUCAAUUGCAGCCGCUGGUGCAUAUGACCUUUGGACUUGAAUAUGGAAUGCAAGACAUUGUAGCUCAAGGCCUUGCUUAUCUUGCCAGCAGCCACACAGAUAUACAACUUCUUAUUCAAGAAUACGAUAAUGGUCAUUGUGCCCAUGAACCCGAACACAUUCUCUUUGACAUGGUGGCUGCCGAUCCUCGCUUUGAUGGACGUAUGGAGACUGCUGACACUGUACCUGCCGCCAUUAAAAUACUACUCAAGAGUCAAGCAAGCCUACUAGCCACCUAUGUCAACACCGCAUCUCUUCGUUCUCCUGAACAACUCGUACACCUUGCUGCAAAACUUUUGCCGAUUAUGCAACAUUGUCGCAGUGGAGCAAGUCUGCUUGCGUCAGCUUUGGCUAUUCAAGCUUGGGCAUCCACAGGUAGAAACGUCGACCAAUUACUUCGAAUCCAAUGGUUGGCAACUCUUUGCACAUACAUCGCUGAAAAUCGACCAAUGCCUCCUGCCCAUACAUCAUCUAUUGAUAUUACACCUAAAGCCAGCCAUGAGAACAACGACCUUUGCCUUUGGCAAAAGCUGAUUGAUCGAGUCCUCAAUGCUGUUAUAUGGUGA